CUUCAGAUCCGAACCCUUUGAAGUGCUGGCCUCAGUUUUGUUCCUUUUGAAAACUUUCCCUCUCUCCUCUCCUAAACUUGGAUCUUACUUCUUGUCGGAGACCAAUUAAUGAGGCGGCUAAAGUCACUAAUUGGCCGCUUAAUUGGCCCCUGUCACCGCGCGCGCUGCAACCCUGCAUCCUUCACUUCCUGCCCUCACAUCACAAGCGUGUCACAAUCCUUUUAGGGUCACGCUCUCAGACAGCCAAGGACCCCCCACACCCCUUUACACGAGCACAUUUCCCACACCUCUGGAUGCCCCCACCAACCCACUCCCACGAUAGCUCAGUGUUUUAUGUCUGCGUCACAACAAGUCGGCGGAGGGCGAGAGGCAGAGGGAUGAUGGCGUCUCUGGCGGCUUGAUUCCGGUGCAGCUCAGACAAAAUCCGCCUUAAUAAGCUUCGGCGGCUGUGAGAGGGGUGAGGUGUGAGAGUGUGGGGGGUGAGGGAGCAACAGCGACGGGGACAUGAUGAAACGGCACCGCGGAGAAAGGACGGACAAACUAGUCUGAGAGAGACGGACGGACAGUCACAGUCGCCUCCUCCUCCACCUCCUCCUCCUUGCUUACGGUUUGACUGACACACACACUCACACACACUCAGAGCGAGGCGCCUGGCACAGACAGAGACAUACAUGCACACCAGCCACUUUUUGCAAACCAGCACGCUGCGCAUCGGAGCUGGCAGUAAUUGGACAUCCACAGCUGAUGAGGGCAUUUCAUGUCCAGCCUGUCCAGGAAUCCCAGUGACCCCGACGGAAAGGAGUUCGACUUGACAGGAUGGGGGGAGUCAGUGAGGGAGAUGAUGUGUUGGCUCGUUGGAGUGAUGGACUACUGUACCUUGGCAAUGUGAAGAGAGUCGACGGAGUCAAGCAAUGCUGCUUGGUGAGAUUCGAGGACAACUCAGAGUUCUGGGUUCUGAGAAAGGACAUUCACUCAUUUGCUGCCGGAGUGGAAGAAGUUUGCUGUAUUUGUGACGCCCCGCCUCUUAAAGAACCCCUCAUAAAUUGUCUUAAAUGUCACCACGGUUAUCAUCCGGAGUGCCACACGCCGACCAUCGAGCCAGAAGCUGACAGCGACUCCUGGAUUUGUCGACAAUGUGUUUUUGCUGUCGCCACCAAGAGAGGCGGAGCUCUGAAACGCGGACGCUUUGCCCGACUCAUGCAGUUCAUGAAACUCCGGAUCCCCUACCAGCUGUCGUCCUUAGACUGGGAUCCUCAGCAUCUGACCAAUCAGCAGCAGUGUUACUGCUACUGCGCCGGACCUGGAGAGUGGAACCUGAAGAUGCUGCAGUGUGGCAGCUGCGGUCAGUGGUUCCAUGAGGCCUGCACUCAGUGUCUAUUAAAACCAUUGCUGUAUGGAGACAGGUUUUAUCAGUUCCAGUGUUCAGUUUGUACAAAGGGACCGGAGACAGUCCAGAGGCUGCCCAUGACCUGGGUGGACCUGGCUCAUUUAGUCCUCUACCACCUCUCGCUGUGCUGUAAGAGGAAAUACUUUGAUUUCGACCAUGAAAUCCUGUCCUUCACCAACGAGAACUGGGACUCGUUGCUCCUGGGCGCGCUGUCUGACACGCCGAGGCAGGACCGCUGUCACAAUCUCCUCAACGCUCUCAACUCUCACAAGGACAGGUUUGUCUCUGGAAAGGAGAUCAAGAAGAAGAAGUGUCUGUUUGGGCUGCAGGUCCGAGCUCCGCCUCCUCUGACGUCUGAUUCGUCGCCUCUCGUCACCGAUCCGCCUAUCAGCAUCACCCACAGGAGAAGCCCGUUGUCACUGCCCUGCCAGAGGAGAGUGGGGGGGUCGGAGUCACGUAAAUCAAAGCGUCGCAUCAUGGAGACACAGGCCUGUCCGCCACCGGUCGCUGCCAACCCGGUGGAACUUCUGCCAUGUUGCCAUGGCUACAUGGGAGGAGCCAACCUGUACAACUCCAGGAAGUUGGAUGAGGAGAUGGAUGCAAGCCCCCCUCCCAAGCGAAUGUAUGCGCUGUACCACACCACCUACAAUGGGAACACUCCUCUUUCCAGGGGUCUUCAUCACUACAACAGCAUGGAGGACACCUGCAGAUUACCUCCACCAUGCUUCCCAUACCCCUUCAGCUCCAGCGGGACCCCCCACCUCCAUCACCUCCACCAGCACCACCACCACAACCACCAACACAACCACCAGCACCAGCCAGGUCAGAAGCAGCUGGAGCCCCUCAUCCUGCGCGACGGUCCUCCGUAUCAGAGCGGCGCGGGCGGCGGAGGAGGCAGUGGUGGGGCGGGAAGUGGAGCGGGGAUGGGUGUGGGUGGGGGCGGGGGCGACGGGACUGUGGUCCGGAGCUGGGCAGGAGGAGGGGAGGCCGUGAGGAUCCUGGCAAGACGCGUGACUCCAGACGGGAAGGUGCAGUACCUGGUGGAGUGGGACAACGUGGGUCUGUACUGAGGCAGGCUGGGACAACAGGAGACACAGGACUGAUGUGUAUUUAAUAUGUGGCGGUGUGUAAAGAACAAAAAAAAAAUCUAAACAUGGUUCCGAUCCAGGUUUCUCUCAUAGUAUCACCUCAGUUGGACAUCAUUAUAACCUCAGUACUAGGUGUUCCUAUUUGCUAGUGUUCCUCUGAUAUUUGUACUGUUAUAACUUUGGAAUAUGCCUUUGCAUUGAUCAUGUUUUACAGUGAUGAUGGAAACGACUUCAACUUCCAGAUUAUCUGUUAGUGUUUCACCCUUACUAGGAAAAAACUGUUCUAAGGGUUUAUAUACUGUAUAUACUCUGCUGCAGGUAUACAUGGUACUAGAAGACUUUCUGUUUCUUUUGUAUUUUACAGUUUUCAAUUUAUGAUUUACCUGAGAAAUGUUUAUUUUCCUGCUUCACUAUGGAUACCUUGAUCCCAAAAUGGAGAAAUAUUGGGACUGUGUGAAAAAAUAAAUAAAACAAAGUGA